AUGCUGAACGACAAUGAAAAUCAAGCUGAUCUGCUUGCAACUAAACACGACAGUAAAGCGUACAUACAGCAGUGGCUGGAUCAGACUGAUUUAAAACACACAAGUCAAUUUAACCCUCAUGCAAAGCCAUUCUACCAAGAACCCAUGACACAACAACUACCACAGUCAAGACUUGAACAAGUGCACAUGAAACAACAGUCUAUUGAUUUGUGGAUAGACGAAUUAAUCAUCGGACAAGAAACCACACCAGUGUUCCUGGAUGCACAUAAGAAUUUGUCACAUACACUGAUAAAACUUGAAAGUGAACGUGAUCUACCAAAGAUCGACUUGCCAGUGUUUAAUGGUGAAGCUCUUACCUGGCCACGAUUUGUUGAGCAAUUUUACGUGCAGAUACACUGCAGGCCUGCCAUUACAGACAACAGACGCAUGGACAUACUUCAAUCGCAUGUUGAUGGUGAAGCCAAACGACUUAUUCAAGGACUUGGUUACAGUGGAAGAAACUAUGCUUUGGCACUCAAGGAGCUGAAAGCUUCAUUCGGUCAUCGAAUAAAAGUGUGCAGAGCUUUCAUUGAUAGCGUGGCCUCAGGAGCACAAGUACCUAGUCAUGAUCCAUCUGCAUUGCGUAGACUCUAUGUUGCUGUUCGUGACUGUAUUGCGACAUUGCAGCAACUGAAUUACCUGUCUGACCUUAACAGCUCUGACAUUGUGUUGAAAGUUUCAAGGCGCCUUCCCAUCGACAAAGUAACCCGGUGGAAUGAGUUCGUUAGAAACAUUGUUUCUUUCAGAGACCCGAACCUCACUGAUCUGCAGAACUGGUUGAGAGAUCGUGUUGAAGCAGACUUCAACCCAUAUGCCAUCCCGAUUUUGAGUGAGCCAUCACGUGAAGACACCAACAAACGUCGCAAGAACGACACACGGCACACCAAGCCUCAAGAGAAGUGGAUUGUCAGAAAGCAAUCAACAAAACCACCAACAAUCAUUGACAAUGUAGAUACAACACCAAAACAGGCAAAAGCGCCAUGUGCAUUGUGUGGUGAGUCUCAUUACCUGUACAGGUGUCCUAUUUUCGCAAACCAGACUGCAUCUGAGAGAAGGGACAUAAUUGUCGAUCACAGUUUGUGCUUCAACUGUCUUAAACCAUCACAUCGAGCAAACAAAUGUUUCUCUACUGUGACUUGCCAAGAGAAACAUUGUGGUAAGAAACAUCACACACUACUGCACAAUGUAUUUUCUGAGCCACUGGUGGUUUAUAAUAAGAAACUGCAGUCAUCCAGAGCAAAAGUGUAUUUGCAGAUUGUUCCAGUUCAUGCUUUUGGUCCAAAUGGCAGAAUAAUCAAGACUUUUGCCCUGUUAGACUCAGGAAGUGAUGUCACCCUUAUUCAUAGGGAUCUGGUAAAAGAUUUAGGUCUCCAUGGAGAGAGAAGAAAGCUCAAGGUUAAAACAUACAACAGUGUUUCAACUGAAAACUCCCUUAAGGUAUCACUUGACAUUGAAUCAGCUAGUGAUCUUGAUGCACAGAGAAUCCAUUUGAAAGAAGCUUGGGCAGUUGAUACUAAUGCCUUUGAUUGCCUUCCUCAGCGCAUCAGUGAGGAAUGGGAACACCUCAAAGACUUGCAAUUGCCUGAUAUUGAACCCACCCAGGUCAACAUGUUGAUUGGUGUUGAUGUCCCUGAAGCACACCUUCAACUUGACAUGAUCCGAGGACUUGAAAAUCAACCCGUUGCAGUCAAAACCCUGCUGGGGUGGACAGUCAUGGGAAUAGCCCACAGUGAUGAUGAACUGUAUCAUGAAACUCAAGCUAGAAUUAACCUCACAAUUGCUCGUGAUCAACAUUUGAGUGAUCAGCUUGAAGACUUCUGGAAAACAGAAUCUUUUUCGAUUUCACACAACAAGACAAAGCCCUAUUCAACUGAAGAUGAAAAGGCACAAUACAUCCUUGAAAGAACGACUCAACUAAUUGAAGGACACUAUCAAAUUGGGAUGCUGUGGCGUGAUAAAUCACCAUUGCCAAACAACUUGAAAGCAGCUCAAAGAAGACUCAAAAUCUUAACCAAGCGCAUUGUGAGAGACUCUGAAUUUGGUGUUCUUUAUAGCAAAACUCUCAACGAUUAUGUGUCAAAGGAUCAAGCAGAGAAACUCUUGGCUCAAGAAAUUGACAAUUCAUCAUGUCGGACCUGGUACUUACCUCAUCACGGUGUGAUGAAUCCUAAUAAGCCAGGGAAGGUGAGAGUUGUUUUCGACGCUGCGGCUUCAUACUUGGGCACAUCUCUGAAUGACAAAUUAAUGACUGGUCCUGAUCUCGUCAACAGUUUGUUUGGCAUCCUCCAGCGAUUCAGACUUUUUGAAGUUGCGAUAGCUGCUGACAUAGAAGGUAUGUACCAUCAAGUGGGGGUCCCUAAGGAGGACUCUGAAGCACUCAGAUUUCUAUGGAAAUCAGAUCUCAAGACUCCUGGUCCUCCGGAUGUGUACAGGAUGAAAGUACAUGUGUUUGGAGCAGCUGACUCAUCCUCUUGUGCAAACUACGCUGUGAAGCGCACAGCUAAGGACAAUGCUGACCUUUUUGAGCAGUCAGUGAUCGAUACAGCCCUCAAUGAUUUCUAUGUUGAUGAUCUUUUGAAAUCAGUUGAGACUGAAACUACUGCAGUGCAGCUGAUCCAAGACAUUACAUACCUCAUGAAAAUGGGUGGAUUUCACCUCCACAAGUGGAUUUCGAAUUCAGAAGUUGUGAUGAGAUCAAUCCCUGAAAGUGAAAGAGCUGUUAGCUCAAAGAAUCUUGAUCUUAAUGAAAUAUCCACUAUCAGAGCCCUUGGACUAAAAUGGAAUAUUGUCUCGGACACUUUUGUGUUUGAUCCAAGAAUUCACAACAGUGCCAGAACAAAGAGAGGUGUGAUAAGCAUGGUGAGCUCCAUCUUUGAUCCUUGUGGGUAUUUGGCUCCAUACACAGUUCGCGCAAAGUGUCUCAUACAAGACUUAUGGAAGCUAGGUCUUGAUUGGGAUGAUAACUUGCCACUAGAAAUUCAAUCAAGAUGGAAUGGCUGGCUGGAAGAAAUUCAAGACUUGUCAUCAUUCAACCUGUGCAGGCAUCACCAGGGCUUUUCAUCACAAUCCAGUCUCAUUGAAGUUCAUCUGUUCGCGGAUGCCUCCGAGAAAAGCUUUGGAGCAUGUGCAUACAUGCGCUACAAAUCUUACCUUGACCAGGAUGAAGUGACUUGUUCAUUCCUGGCUGCAAAGACGCGUGUGUCCCCCCUUAAGCCUGCAUUGACAAUUCCAAGGCUGGAACUGCAAGGUGCUGUAUUAGCGGUUAGACUUUGGCUUUCUCUCAAAGAAGAAUUGAUGGUCCCUGUCCAGAGAAUUCAGUUUUGGACUGACUCAAAUACAGUGUUACAAUAUUUGAACAAUUCCAACAAGCGAUUCAAGCCUUUCGUCGCUAACAGGAUAGCAGAAAUCCACGAUUCCACAAAACCUCAACAAUGGCGUCAUGUCCCAUCAGAUAUCAAUCCGGCUGAUCACUGUACUCGCGGACUUCAAGCAAAACAGCACACAGAAACACAUCCAUGGCUACGGGGUCCAGAGUUCUUAUGGAAAAGUGAGGACACAUGGCCAAAACUGUCAAACCCUGUUGAGAUGCUCAGGGAUGAUCUUGAAGUGAAGAAGAAGUGGGAGGACGACUUCGAAAAGCUACUAUUCCAAGAGAAGCAAAGUAUCAACUCCUCCUUCCAGAUUAUCACCCAGUCACACAGCUACUGA